UUUUCAUUUUUAUCUUUGUAAGCCAUGUGAGUUUUGAUAUCGUUUUGAGUUUUGUUGCUCUCAUUUUGUUUUGCACUUGUUUUGAAUGUGAACAAAAGAUAACUUGUACGAUAUUCUAAUUCUAAUACUUCUAAUUUAGUUUAAAUACAUUUUCCCAGAGUAAAGUAACCUCACUUUUUGUAUUUUCCUAAGUUGAGUGUUUAAGAAUAUUUAUUGUGAUUUGGUUUUAACAUGGAGCAAUUAAUAAACCCAAUAAUUUUGAAAGAACUCGCUUGCCAAUGGAUAAAAGAAGACUGUCCAAAUUUUGACUUCCAUCCAAUCAUAAAUGGUACAAGAACCAGUGUUUUCAAUAUUUUCUGUAAAGCACAAGCUGUUCUAGCUGGAAAACCCUUUAUUCAAGCAAUCUGUGAUCAACUUAAUUUGACUAUUGAAUGGCUCGUCGAAGAAGGUGAUAUUGUCAAUGGAUCUCCAAAACACGUAGUUAAAAUCGCCACCUUAACUGGUCAAACAAGCAAUCUACUUUUGGUGGAAAGGACUGUCUUAAAUAUUUUGUCUCGAUGCUCCGGUGUUUCAACGCAAGCCAAUCGUAUCAAAGAAAUAGUUCAAUCAAUUGAUGAUAAAGUAGCCCUUGCUGGAACCCGAAAAACAACUCCUGGUUUCAGAAUAGUUGAAAAGUAUGGACUAUUAGUGUCUGGUGCUCUAACCCAUCGAUAUGAUUUGAGCUCUAUGGUUAUGAUAAAAGACAACCACAUAGAUAUCGUUGGAAAUUCAUUGCCUCAAUACAUUGAAUCAGUUCGCCGUUGCUGUGGAUUUUCCAGUAAAAUAGAAGUUGAAUGUCGAAAUUUGGACGAAGUUAAGAAAGUAGCACAUUUGGGUGUUGAUGUAAUCAUGUUGGACAAUUUCAAACCUGAAGCAGUAAAACAAUCAGCCGAUUGGAUUAAAAACAAUCAUCCCAACGUUCUAGUUGAAGUUUCUGGAGGCAUAAACGAAGAUAACAUUGAAGAUUACGUUUACUGUAACGUCGAUGUCAUUUCCAUGGGGUCAUUGGUUCAAGGAUAUUCAACAAUUGAUUUCUCAAUGAAAUUUGAAAAAUUCAAAGACUCGUAAAAGCAAAAGCAUCUGUGGCUACAGUUUAGGUGAAGGUUAAUUGAUUAGAUAUUCACUUGAAGCACACACAAAUGAUUGGAUUUAAGUUGAGAUUAGAAUUUGAUUAAAUUGAUUUUUAUGUAAUUAGUUAUCCAUAGAUUUUUAAUCCAAAUAUUAUUGGUCCCACUGCAGCUUGUCAAUAUUAGAUGUUCAUUUUUCAAUUUAUAUAAUUUUUGUAAGGGAUCAGAAAGGAAUUGAACUUGCCAUUAAACCAGUUAAAGU